AUGUCUGAAAAUAACGAAGAACAACAUCAACAACAACAACAGCAACCUGUUGCUGUCGAAACUCCUUCAGUAGUUGAAGCUCCAACAUCAGCUGAUCCUUCCUCCGAACAAAGCGUCGCUGGUGAAGGUAACUCUGAACAAGUUGAAGACGAUCAAGGUGAGAAUGAUCCUUCCGUAGUUCCUGCUAAUGCUAUUACCGGUGGUAGGGAAACUUCUGAUAGAGUUUUAUAUGUUGGUAACCUAGACAAGGCUAUUACCGAAGACAUUUUGAAGCAAUAUUUUCAAGUCGGCGGACCAAUUGCUAAUAUCAAAAUCAUGAUUGAUAAAAAUAAUAAGAAUGUCAAUUACGCUUUUGUUGAAUACCAUCAAUCUCACGAUGCCAACAUUGCCUUACAAACAUUGAACGGCAAACAAAUUGAGAAUAACAUUGUUAAAAUCAACUGGGCCUUCCAAUCCCAGCAGAGCUCCUCCGAUGAUACAUUUAACUUAUUUGUUGGUGACUUGAACGUUAAUGUUGACGACGAAACUUUAAGGAAUGCCUUCAAAGACUUCCCAUCCUACUUGAGUGGUCAUGUCAUGUGGGACAUGCAAACUGGUAGUUCAAGAGGUUACGGUUUUGUUUCCUUUACUUCUCAAGACGAUGCGCAGAACGCCAUGGACAGUAUGCAAGGUCAAGAUUUGAACGGCAGACCGCUAAGAAUCAACUGGGCUGCUAAGCGUGAUAACAACAAUAAUAAUAAUAAUUACCCACAGCGUCGUAACUACGGUAACAAUAAUCGUGGUGGUUUCCGUCAAUAUAACAAUAACAACAAUAACAACAUGAAUAUGGGUUUGAAUAUGAACAUGAACAUGAAUAUGAACAAUAGCAGAGGCAUGCCACCAAGUUCAAUGGGAAUGCCAAUUGCUGCCAUGCCAUUGCCAUCCCAAGGCCAACCCCAACAAUCCCAGACUAUUGGUUUACCACCUCAAGUGAAUCCUCAAGCGGUUGACCACAUCAUUAGAAGUGCCCCACCAAGAGUUACUACUGCUUAUAUCGGUAAUAUUCCACACUUUGCCACUGAAGCUGAUCUAAUUCCGUUGUUCCAGAACUUCGGUUUUAUUUUAGAUUUCAAGCACUAUCCAGAAAAGGGCUGUUGUUUCAUAAAGUAUGACACUCAUGAACAAGCUGCUGUCUGUAUUGUGGCCUUAGCCAACUUCCCAUUCCAAGGUAGGAACUUGAGAACUGGUUGGGGCAAGGAAAGAUCAAACUUUAUGCCACAGCAACAACAGCAACAGGGUGGCCAGCCACUUAUAAUGAGUGACCAACAACAACCAGUUAUGUCUGAGCAACAACAGCAACAGCAACAACAGCAACAACAACAACAAUAA